UAAUUAGUUGACUAAAUCAUUCAGAUAUAUUUAUAUGUUCCGUCCACUGUAUAGGUAUGUCUGCUACGAGGAGAAAGCUGUUGAUUGAUACAGAUGCCGGAGUUGACGACGCUCAGGCGAUCUUGAUGGCUCUCCAAGCCCCGGAUGUUGACGUCAUUGGAAUUACAUGUGUUAUGGGAAAUGCGGACGUGGAACAAGUUGGUUUGAAUGUUCUUCGAAUCCUAAAAGUCGUAGAUAGACUAGAUAUUCCAGUAUUUAUCGGCUGUAAUGAACCGUUGCUAGGCGACAAGAAGCCAACUAGUGACUAUCAUGGCUUGGAUGGUUUUGGUGAUGCUCCGGAUGAAGAUGCUCCGGAUAAAAGUCAUCUUCAGUCGGAACAUGCCGUCAUGGCUUUAGUCCGGAUUGCAAAGGAACAUGAAGGGGAAGUUACUCUUGCCUGUAUCGGACCAUUAACAAACGUUGCCAUGGCAAUACGUAUGGACAGCAAAUUUGGUUCUCGGUUUAAAGGCUGUUAUAUAAUGGGCGGAAACCAUGAAGGAAAAGGCAACAUGACAACUUCGGCAGAGUUUAAUUUUUACAGUGAUCCAGAGGCCGCUUAUGUAGUUCUCAACCAAUUAAAAACUCCUAUUACCAUUGUCACAUGGGAAACAUGUGAAAAACAUUCACUGCCUUGGGAAUUUUAUCACAAGAUACGGAGGAAUGACAAUGCGAUUACGAACUUCCUACGAAAGAUAGAAAAACUUUCAGAGAAAUAUGCUAUUGAACACAAGUGGGACACGUUCAUACCAUGUGACGAGGUUCUUGUUGCUUGCUUUCUUAAUCAUGACGUAAUCAAAUCAAGUGCUGACGUUUACGCAACAGUGGAAGUUAAAGGUCAAUACACUUGGGGUCAAAUGGUUGUUGAUUGGAAUUCUGUUCUUAAAAAGAAUAAAAAUGUGAAAAUUGUCACAAAUAUUGACCAAACUGUUUAUGAAAAUAUUCUGAUAAAACUAGUGUCAAACAAAAAUUAAAUAAAUACACAUUGACAUACUGGGACCACGCACGAUUGGCACAGAGAAACUAUCCAUGUUACAUUCAAUAGGUUGGUAAAAUUUAAACAAUUUCAUAUGGUGGCUCCUUUUUUAUCGCCUUGUCGUCGUGAAACACGCCAAAUGGUGCGUUGUCUCGCGGUAUGUUGACGCGAUGACACAUUGAUGCUUGGCUGAAAUGGAAAAACUGGCUUAUUGGCGCUUUGAUGCUCGCGACAAUGAGCCAUGCGACAGCACGAUAAGAAGCCAAGCCUUCGAUAUAAGCCAAGCAACAGGGCGACAACGCGCCGCACUAUAACAUGCAAUUUGGCGCGCUUCACAGCGACAAGACUAAAAAGCGAUAACGAUAUUUGGUGUUGUGUCUCUAGCGACAACGCAACACGUAAAGGAGAACAAAUCAGCCACCAUAGUUUCACGUAUAUGCGGACAAAAUUGUACAUAUAGCUAUACCCACUUAUUAUUCUGGGAAGUCAUAUUUACGCUUAAAUUAUGUGUGUGUAUCACUUGAAACAUGAUUGCAUGUAAUUACAUUAAGUCAUUCAAAUAAACUCUCUGUAAACUGAAAUAUUAAAAAAAAUUAGUUUGUGUC